ACACAACACAUGUAGAGGAGAUUCGAGUAAUAUAGGAAUUGGGUUUGUUCCAGGUGAUGUUUAAGUUGGUUCAACGUUUUGGGGACAACUGAAGCAAAGUCACAGGAGCAUUUUUAAUCGACCAUCGAAUCUUUAUCUCGUAAAGAACACCAGGGGAAAGUGGUACCAAGGCUCCUGUGGUAUAGACUCCCGUUGCAAGUCAGGGAUUCAAAUCUCAUCACAAAAUGGCAGAAGCAACCAAAGGACCAGUGGUUGUGGACAUCGUACAUGACGGGGAGGACCAUACAGAAUACUCGACGCAUCAUGCAGUCAAAGCGUUCAGUAAAUGCAGCCUUCACACGUCGCCGUUCGCCAACCAGAAGGCGGCCGCAGCGGCCACGAAAAUCUACAGUACACAGCUAGAUGGACUCCAGUCUAGCAUCAGACAGUACGUCCUAGAGAAGGCAGAUAUUUGCAGACCGGACAACAUACACAUAUGUGACGGAUCAGAAACAGAAAAUGCCUCAUUAAUAGAAAAACUACAAAAGGAUGGAAUGAUCACUCCCCUUAAGAAAUAUGAUAACUGCUGGCUGGCCAGGACAGAUCCCAAAGACGUUGCUAGGGUAGAGAGCAAGACUUUCAUCUCCACUCCCGAUAAACGAGACACGAUACCCAUCGUAGCUGACGGGGUCUCAGGGAAACUGGGCAACUGGAUUGCCCCAGAUGUGUUAGAGCAAGAGCUUGGGAGCAGGUUUCCAGGAUGCAUGACAGGUCGCACCAUGUAUGUAAUCCCUUUCAGUAUGGGUCCUAUUGGAUCCCCCCUGUCUAAGAUCGGUAUUCAGCUGACAGACUCGCCCUACGUGGUGGCUAGUAUGAGGGUCAUGACCAGGAUGGGUAAAGAGGUCCUCGACACGCUCGGAGAAGGAGAGUUCGUCAAAUGCCUCCAUUCAGUCGGGCAGCCUAUGCCAUUGAAAGAGCCUCUGACAAACAACUGGCCUUGCAACCCCGAGAGGACGAUCGUCUCCCACAUACCCGAUCGUAGGGAGAUCUGUUCCUUCGGCAGCGGAUAUGGAGGAAACUCUCUUCUUGGGAAGAAGUGUUUUGCUCUGCGUAUUGCAUCCAGAAUCGCUAAAGAUGAGGGUUGGUUGGCUGAACACAUGUUGAUCCUUGGACUGACGAAUCCCCAGGGUGAGAAGAAGUACAUCGCUGCAGCCUUCCCUAGUGCAUGUGGUAAGACCAAUCUAGCCAUGCUCAAUCCUACCAUCCCGGGCUGGAAGGCCGAGUGCGUCGGAGACGACAUCGCCUGGAUGAAGUUUGACAGCGAGGGCAGGCUCCGUGCCAUCAACCCCGAAGCAGGGUUCUUUGGUGUCGCGCCGGGUACAUCAAACUCAACGAAUCCCAACGCAAUGGCCACCAUUGAGAGCAACACCAUCUUCACAAAUGUGGCUGAGACCAGCGAUGGCAGGUUUUACUGGGAAGGCUUGGAAAAGGAGACGCCAGAUAACGUAAGCAUCAAGACGUGGCUCAACGAAGAGAACUGGACCAAGGACACAAAGACGUCUGACGGUAAGAAGGUCCUAGCUGCCCAUGCUAACUCCAGGUUCUGUGCUCCAGCCAGCCAGUGCCCUGUCAUGGACCCUGCCUGGGAAGACCCUGCUGGUGUACCCAUCGAUGCUAUCAUCUUCGGAGGAAGGAGACCAGAAGGUGUCCCCUUGGUUUAUGAAGCCUUCAACUGGAAUCACGGUGUAUUCAUCGGAGCUUCAAUGAAAUCAGAAUCGACAGCUGCUGCAGAACACAAAGCUAAAGUAAUGAUGAACGACCCGUUUGCCAUGAGGCCCUUCUUCGGCUACAACUUUGGUCACUACCUCGAUCACUGGCUUCACUUCAACGACAGACCCAACCUCCACCUGCCUAAGGUCUUCCAUGUCAACUGGUUCCGUAAGAACACAGCUGGUCAAUUCAUGUGGCCCGGGUUCGGUGAGAACACCAGGGUUCUGGACUGGAUCUUCAGGCGUUGUGCCGGAGAGGACAUUGCGCAAGAAUCUGCCAUCGGUCUGGUGCCCAAACCCAACUCCAUCAACCUUGAGGGACUCCAGGAGAAGGUGGACAUGCAGGAGCUCUUCCAUCUACCCAGGGAGUUCUGGGAGAAGGAGAUCACUGACAUCAGGAGCUACUUCAAGACCCAAGUGCCUCAAGAUCUCCCUGCCGAGAUCGAAGCCCAGCUCAGUCUCCUGGAGGAGCGAGUCAAGACACAGCUCUAAAGAGAUUCCUCAGGGCACAACUGACCUCAAAGCCACACGUAGAGGACCUCAAAGAGCCUCUGUGGUACCCUGUGGCAGUUCUGGGACCCAUUUCACAAAGCCUUUUUCAAUGACAAAUUAUCAGUGACAAAUCUGCUGUUAACCAAUCAGAAGCAAGGAUUUCAGUAGCUUAUAACAAAAAAAAAGUCAUUUGUCACUGAUGACAAGUUUUGUGAAACGGGGCCCUGGUGAUAGAGGAGUGUGAUUCAGGCUAUUUAUUAUUGAGACCAAGAGGAAUAUCUAAUUAGGAUGACCCAAUAAUGAUAAUCAGUGUCGGGGUCCUGAAGGGGGAUAUUCAUAAUAUAGUAAAUAUGUUCAGUGAUUACAUGUAAAACCCAGAUUCAUGUUUGGUUGUUCAUUUGGUGUUAUUCGGAUCAUGUCAGAUUCUGUUCUGAUAAAAAAAAACACUAACUUUGUGAAUGUUUAGCUGAUUUACUUGGUGGGCAGUAUCACUGGCUAUGACGUGGACCUCUGUUUAAAUUAAUGAUCUCUAUACCUCCUAGCCUACAAUGCAUUUCUUUGACUUUAUAUCUUUUCCCUUUCUCUCUCUCUCUCUCUUUUAUAUUGUGAACAUUUUUCCUCCCUUUAUAAACCUUGCUGUACCUGGUACUUAAAUUUUGUUGUGGUUCAUGAUUCAGCGCAUCUCAUUUUAAAUUCUUACACCUCUCCCUACUAUCCAUUCCGUAGUGCUGUGAGUGUGCUUGUGUCUGCAUACUGCUAAAGUAUAUCAAAGCAUUCAUUGUUAUCGUCUGGACAUAUAUGUACAUUUUAAUCAACAUUGUAGAUCAUUGAAUAAAGAGAAGGCAAAAUGAACUUGAAGUUUGACUUCAUGAUGCCAAGAAUUAUAUUUUGUCUGAAAUAAAACAAAAGUGAAUUUGAUAUGAUAAUGUUUUGUAAAAUUUGAUGCCCGACUAGAAUAGGACAUGUUUGCAUUAAUGCGAGAAAUAGUUCUCGCAGCUUUUUAGUACAGAUUAUGACGAUAUUUUUAUAAUGAAGGUCAAGUAUAAUUUCAUGUUUUUUCUGUUGUUACUGCACAUUGAGAAUCUAUUGAGAAUUCAUUAGUUUACUGGUCAUUUGCACACAUCUACCCCAUUUGUAAAUAUUUUAUGUUUCCUUCAUAGACUUGUUUCAUCAUGUAAAACAUUUGUUGAGAUGAUUUGCUGUCUAGAAAUCCAUGUGAAUAAAAAUAUAGCUAUUAUCACUAUGUAAUAGUUGCAAUAGACUGCAUUAAGACAAGUUAUUGCAUAACUAAGAGUUCCUGUCUGUUUGUCAAUUAAAAUUCAUGAUACAUAUUUUAACCAGGGAGAGUGAAAGAAUAAGCUACUUUGAAGAAGUAUAUUCUUUAUUGAGAAAUUAAUGGUUACGAUAGGAAUGAAUAACUUGUGUGAUGACCUCUAUGAGGUUCAAAUAUCUUAAAUUUUUUUUUGUAUUAAUAGAAUUUUUAUCUUCUCCAAUAAAUCUAUGUAUGAUAAAAUAAAUAAUCUCGUAAGUGACUCCAAUCGCUGAACAUUUUAAAAUUUCACACACAAAAAAGAUGUUUAUCUUCAAACAAGAAACCUACUGAUGAAAAAUCAAAACAGGGUUCUGUGAAAUUAUAUGUUGUACAUGUGACCACAAAUCACAAUAACAUGCCAAUGUGGUACAAUUAAUCUGUGUUCUGAGGUAUUCAAUUUUGUUUUAUGGUCGGUGAAAAUGUGAACAGUGGCCAUCUUAUGAAACGAGAUUUAUAUAUAUUGAAAUAUACCUCUUGAAGUUAGUUGAUGUGAUUGAAAUGGAGAAAGUUCUAUAUUAAAAAGUAUUUUUUUCACAUUUGUUCUUUGUGCUGUAUAUUGGCAAUGUGUGUGAAUCAUUAACAACUUAAAUAAGCCUGUUCCAAUAAAUGUUUGCAUUAUUUAAAUACUUUUGAACGAGAGUACAGUAAAAUAAUUGCAAAUAUUAAUUCUCUCAUUUGGACAUAAACUUUUUUCAGAUACAUCGUAUAUGAUUUCUUGUAGGGUAUGAAACCAUAGAGGCCCUUCCACAUAUGAAGUAAACCAUGGAAUUUGUUUGUAAUAAAGAUUAAAAUGUAAUACGCUUAAUAUUUCUGUAUCUCACAACACAAAGCUCAGUGAAUACAGGUAGUACCUUUGUCAGUUGCCGUUCAUUUACAUGUUGAAAUAAACUGCAGCAGUUUACUAUUUCAUAUCUGAGUGAGCUGUAACUUGUCACAGUUGAAAACUGCCAAUACAAUUAAUAUAUUUCUUCAUAUGAAAACUGUUCAAGCGAACCCACGCAAAUGUAACAAUUAAUUUUGUAUCUUUACUGCACUUUCCAUAUUUUGAAUAUGUAUGUAUAUGAUUUGUUGUUCUAAUGCAAUACAUUACUAGUUUUUCUUGGAUGAGUUGUUUGUCUAUUUAUUAACAAAAUGGUGUAGUAAUAUAACUUGUACCGUAUUGUUCAAUCAAUAGUUAGUCAUAUGUUAAUAUCACAAAUAUUUUAUGUACAUUUUGCCACUAAAAGUUCAAUAAAUUCAUGUAUACUAUAACUAUUAGCUGCAGCCUUUCAGAUAAUUUAUGAGUUGUUGGGUUUGAAUGUCGAAUAAUCUUUGUCUUUGUUCUCAUGUUUCAAAGAAUUUGAAUCAGUUUGGUGGUUUUGAUCGCUGGAUGAUUGUGCUGCGGUAAUAAAACGAGAAAUAUUGCCUUUCAUUAAA